UACAGCUUAAGCCGGAUUCGGAGACGUUCCCAGUCACCAUGCCCUGUUCACGUGUUCAUUCGAUUCCCAUUGGCUACGAGGAAAGGCGGGAAUAUGUUCUGAGCUAGACAGGUCAGUCAAAACACGCCGUUUACUGAGCGGCUGUGUUUGCAUUUCCCGUUGCAUUUUCCGUUCUGGCAUCCUUUGCGUUGGCAAUUUCUGCCCCCUCUGUAUUCUGCUUUGAGACUACACUCUUGACUGAUUAUUCCCGGUCGGAAUCUCUGGCAAAGACGGUGAGUCGUCUCUAUUUCCAGUUUUUUGUCGCUGCUUUGUGCAGCUGUGACGGGGCCCCCAGAAGUUCGGUUGUUCUCUUGUUGCUAAACUCUUACAGUAGGCGUUGCUUUUGAUUCUUAGUACGACAUGGCAGAAGUUGGUCACAGAAAAAGACGAAUACUAAUCAUAGGGCACUCGUUCAUACGCAGACUGGAUGCUUUUGUUGAAAGCAGAACCGAAUCAGCAUCAGGCCGAGUAGUGAGUAGAGAUUUUUGGUUGGAAAACACCGAUGUAAAAUGGAUGUCCUUGUCUGGCGGCAAAGUUUCGAACUUCGACCAAAUGUGUAAGGCCCUGCCAACCGUGGAUGAUGUCUACCUUGAGUUAGGGUCCAAUGAUCUGUGUGAGCUCUUCUGGGAGCCUGAGAUAGUGGCUUUACGCAUAGUUGGUAUGGCAAGUGUAAUCAGAAACCGGGCUAAUGCCAGACAUAUCAUUGUUGGAGAACCUCUCCCACGGGUAUUUAACCCACCAAACAUACCGUACAAUCAGUGCCUAGGUAGGUACCUUGACGCUUUGAGACAUGAGGUGGCCAACACUCCUCACAUGUCUACAUGGGCACAUGUCCGCCUUGUUAAUAGGCAUUGCCCAGAAUAUUUUGCAAAAGACGGACACCACCUGUCCCCUUACGGGAUGUAUCUUCACUUCAAGUCCAUCAGGGGGGCCUUAACAGCAACAAAGGGCAUUUAAUUCCCUCUAAAAUACAUUUUUCAAUUGGACAUUUAUACAUUGAAUCACCCCCCUCGCCCUGGCCCCUCAACACGCGGUGAGUAGAACAAAAGUAACUUGAUAUUUGGCGACAUUUUUGAAAACUAACGAAAUCUUCAAAUGUUUUAAUACUCGUUUAUCAGUCAGAAAGCAAGGCUAUUCAUUUACAUUCCCUCACCCUACACUUCUUAGCCCCUUAUGCCUGAUUGGCUCUUUGGCGGACUAAUAGACAGGAGGGUUUUGCAGUCAGAUUUCCCCUGCCACUUGUUAGGCGCGAUGGCUUUUGGUGGUGGUAAACCAGUACUCAAAUUAUGUUGGAAAUCUUAUAAUGUUCGUAAACUUGUAUGAUUGGCAUGUGACCUUUAUACGAAAAACCUUUUCACGAGAUAUAUGGAACCGUUGUCAUGGUAACCAUUUGGCGUGUUGCCAAAUAUUGAGAAUGAUACAUAUUUAUGUAAUGAUUCUAUGUUUUUUCCAUUCUGUAUGCCAAUCUUGACAAUAUACCUGUUUUUCCGCCAAAGAUGCCAAGUGUGUCAGUUGAAUUCUUGUCUCCCUGUCCUUAUAUCGGUCGGAGAAGUAGGCAUAAGGGGCUUUUCAUGAAAUGAAAAUACAGCUUAAGCCGGAUUCGGAGACGUUCCCAGUCACCAUGCCCUGUUCACGUGUUCAUUCGAUUCCCAUUGGCUACGAGGAAAGGCGGGAAUAUGUUCUGAGCUAGACAGGUCAGUCAAAACACGCCGUUUACUGAGCGGCUGUGUUUGCAUUUCCCCCCACACCCAACCCCUAUAGAAAAGCCAGAACGUCGACAACAUUUGUUGCCUUUCUUUUGUGCUUUGUUUUUCAUUUCACCUAUAUGUACUCAAGCACAAAUUUCAGAUCUUCAUUCAAAGUUUACGCAUAAUUCAAAUUCACAACAAACAAUACCGCAGAUGUACCUUCAUGUGGAUAUCAAUUUAUAGGAAAGUCGUUGGACUAAUAUCAAUGUCUGUUCCCAAACAGAUGUUGGUAUACAUAUCACGUGCCCUUUGUCCAGGUACCGUUUAGUGUACCUGUCCAUACUUGUGACUAUUUACGCAUGAUUUUGUCGGGGUACUAGGAAGAUACCUGUCCGUACAUGCGUCAAUUGCUUGUUUAUAUCACAUGAUCUUUGUUCACAAGCAAUUGUUUGAUUCACAUGAUCUUGUCGGGGUACGGGCCGGGUACCUGUCCGUACAUGUGAUUAUUUAACGCAUGACUUUGUCGGGGUACUAACAGGGUACCUGUCCGUACAUGCGUGGUUCACAAGUAACUGCUUGUUUUAUCACAUGAUUUUGUCGGGGUACCGUUACUGUACCUGUCCGUACAUGUGAUUUAUUUGGUGCAUGGCUUUGUCGGGGCGGGUUGUCCAAAAACCACAGUGACUUAAAUAACCUUUGUAUCUGACGGUUUGCUUUUUCACCGUUAUACCGCAUUUCUCAGAUACCCGGCAUGACACUCCAAUACAAUCGAUAUAACUAGGAAUGUGUCAUCAUGCAUACAAAAUUUGUCCUGAUGUAUUACUCUGCUCACUGUCUUAACGCUUUACUAUUGUCGAGCCCCAGUAAUGCCUCCAAGGAAGAAGGCACGCAAAGCAGCGAGGCCGGAAGCCGGGGAUGAUCCGUCCCCGACGGAGCGAGGAGAUCAGCCAUCUCCAGAGGAUGCACCCCCGCAACCUACUCGCAAGGCUCCGGAUAAACCCAAGCUGACAAUGAAGUUUCUACAAAAGCAACUAGAGGACUUGCAACAAGUUACUACGCAGAUAGCGAACAAACUGAACUCUACAAAUUCCAGUGACCCCCAGACUCCAGGUGUGUUACCAACAGACGGAGGGUCAGCAGGACUUGUAGGUCUUAACACCUCUCCUAGCUCAGUGACUGUAACCCAUGUAACCGAUACCCCUGGCGUGUUGCCAAUAGCUACCACAAGUGGGGCACUGGAUCCUCAGCCCCCAUCUCUUCCGUCCAUCAACCCAAACGCCCAGAUGCCAGGCCUAGGCUCGACCCUGGCUUCCAGCAUUCUAGGUAGAGCGGUUCCGCAGGAAAUACCCACACAUGGCAACUCAUCCGGUCAGGGUGCCUCCCCAUCUCCUGCCCAGCAGCUUAAUCGACUAGUCGACAACUUGCUUGUUCAAUCCUUAGCACCUUCUACAAUCUCAGCUUAUCGCCUGGCGUGGCAGCAUUUCCGUCAAUUCAGCCUUGAAAUCCACUGUACAGCCAAUAUCAAGCCCCCUAUUCCAGAGCCUAUAGUAUGCCAGUUUAUUUCCUACUUACAUAGUAAGGGAUUUGCCCCAGCGUCGAUAGCAUCUAAACUUUCAGCUAUAGGUUUCAUUCACAAAAUCCAAAAUCUACAAGACCCCACUUCUACUUUCGUCGUUCGCAAGUUGAUGCACUCAAUACAAAAGAACCACGUACCCGACGGAAGGUUGCCCAUAACGCCUCCUAUUCUUUCCCAAUUGAUUGAUGCCUUGAAGUUCAUAAAGACCACGUACUACAAUCAGUGCCUGUAUGAGGCAAUGUUCACGUUUAUGUUCUACUCUUUAGCUCGCAUAAGCGAAGUAACGGUAACUAAUUCUUCCUAACACACUCUGACCUUAGCGGACCUCAGGGGUAAUCUGGACUCUAAUAGUGGCCUAACUUCCUUCUUGGUACAGUUUAAGACGUACAAACACAGCAGUCCUUCAGCCCAAUCCACCAUCCAGAUCCAACCA